GCCCGUUUGCGCAAUGUUCGAGAGGAAUGUUCUGGCGGAUUGCAAGACGGUUAGCAUGAGGGAGAUAAUUAAUCACUAAUUUUCUUGUUUUUAAAAUUACUUGACUGGUAUAAACAACGAUGGCAUUAACGCCACUCGUUUACUGGGCUCAACGUCACGAGGAAAUCUACCUUCGGGUGGAGCUGACUGACGCUCAGAAUAUUAAAGUCCACGUUGACGACAACGUGCUUCACUUUCAAGCCCAGGGUCAUGGAGCUAAAGGUCAAAAUCUGUAUGAAUUCAACUUGGAAUUUCUUUCACCCGUAAAAACACAGGUGGCUCACAAGUCCACUCAGCGGCAAGUGAACAUCACGGUUAAAAAAGGGCAGCGGGGCUGGUGGGAAAGGUUGACCAAACUGGAACGGAAACCGCUCUUUUUGGCUCCAGACUUUGACCGCUGGCUCGAUGAAUCGGACGCUGAAUUGGAGAUUAGGCAGAAGGAGGAGAAAAAAAACAGGCAGAAGGCUUCACAGCAUGAUGAGGAAGGGUUCAUCAGUCUGAAAACAGUGUUUUUGUUUACAUACAAUUUGGUGCAAUUUCUUGGCUAUUCAUGGAUCUUCGUCAACAUGACUAUUCGCCUCCUCACAUUUGGUCAAGAUUCCUUCUACGACACAUUUCACACUAUAUCCGGCGUAAUGUUCUUCUGCCAGAUUUUCGCAGCAAUUGAAGUUCUCAAUGCGGCAUUUGGUGUGGUCCGGACAGGUGUGAUCCCAACAGUUAUACAGUUGUUUGGAAGGAAUUUCAUCCUCUUCAUCAUUUUUGGUUGCUUGGAAGAAAUGCAGAAUAAGCCUGUGGUCUUCUUUGUUUUCUAUCCGUGGAGCGCCAUUGAAAUAUUUAGGUAUCCAUUCUACAUGCUGGAAUGCUUUAAUACAGAGUGGAAACUCCUGACAUGGCUGCGAUACUCCCUUUGGAUACCCCUCUACCCAUUAGGUGCUCUCGCCGAGGCUGUUGCCGUGAUACAGUCCAUCCCCAUCUUUGACGAGAGCAACCUGUUCAGCAUUCCUCUACCCAAGGCCAUCGGCACUUCUGUGAAAUUUUCCUAUGUUUUGCGCGUACAUCUCGCUCUCUUGUUUCUAGGUAAGCUUAAAAUAAAUUUCUUGAAACUGCAUUCAAAAGUUAAUUGUCUCGUUCAUUUGUUCUGUCAGGACUUUUUAUCAACUUUCGUCAUCUCUACAAACAAAGGCAGAGGCGGCUCAGGACCAAGAAGAGGAAGGCUCAGUGAAUAAUUGCCUUGGCACCUGUUUAUUGCCUAUAAAUUAUUUUCUUGAGACAGUUUUAUUAUAUCGGCGCCUUUCAUUGUCUGCUAAACUUCCUUCCUGCUGUUGAUUUGCAAAUUUUGUUUGAGGGUCUGCCAACUACAACUUUAAGAGUUCUACUAUAUGUCUAUUUGUUUAAUGCAAAGUUUUGUUAUUUCCUUCAAGGUGAAAACGUCUUUCAAAUUUUACAUGCCACUGAGGAGUAGGAUUGGGUUUCGUUUGUGUUUUCUCCAAUACCGGUUACUACUUGCUACUUUUUAAAACUGUUCCAGUGCUUGAACAAUUGUUGAACAGAUACAUAAAAAAUAAUAAUAAUAAAUAAAAAUAAAAAAAAAAUAAAAAACAGACCCUUAAAUUUACAGUGCUAAAUUAAAUUUAGGAGUAUAUCUUUCAAAAAUGAUAAAUACAAGUAACGUAACAUUAAUAAAUCAAUCUAAAAUAAAAUUUACACAUUUUUAUUUUGUGUGUGCUGCCUGGCUGUAUUUAGUUUAGCGCGACGCUUGUUUACAGAACAAACAGGCUGGCUAAAAAAAAAAAAAAAGUUAUUUGGUCUGUUUACUGGCAGUUGCUUUGGAACUGAUACUGGGUUUUGGUUGGUACCCCUACAGAGGAUUGUUAAUAACCCUGUCAGGUUUCAAUGAUUAAAGUACUGCAUAUAAAAAUGAGGCUAUUUUUAGCCACAUUUUCAGCAUUGCUAUUUACAUGUAUAAUGUAUUUUAAAUAAUCUAUUUAGUUUUCAAGGUCUUUUAGACUUUAGUCAUAGUUGUACUGUAUUUUGUAUUCAUUUUCUGUAAUUGUCACGAAUCCUAUUUUUGCUGGCCUGUAUUAUACCUCAUCAGUGUAUAAGAAUCCUAUAACUCAGCAAAAACUGCUACUUUUGUUACCACUAUUUCUUAUAUUAGGAGUGGUGGCAGUGACUAAUCACAUUGUAUCGUGGAAUACAAUGUAUACACCUUAUAGAACUUGUAUAUUGUUUUUUUUCUUGUAAAAAUUGGUUGCAUCUUAAGUCCAAAAAUUACAGAAAUGCUAUUUUAGCCAUUUUAAAGUGUUAUUGGUGGUCAUAGUUUCUGUUUUCGAUCAUUUUUUAAAAUUAACAUGUUAUUUUACUUUUUCAUUAAAAAAUAUAUUUGGGGGGGAAAAAAAGUAUAAUUGAAAUGUGGCAUCAAAAUAGGUGGAAAUCUCAAGUUGGGUCAUGUAGGCCACAAUAUUAACAUAUGGUAUACAAGUGUGGCCUACAUGACCCAAAAUGUGAUGUCCACAUAUGUGUACGCCAGGUCUGUCAUUUAUCUUCUGUGCAGCUCAUCUUCACGAAGGUCGUGAUUUAAAGAGCUUAUCUCAGCUAUCGAUUAGCAGAAAGCUGGGUUUUGAGCACCUCGAAAGGUGGAAAAGCGCUAUACAAGUAUAACACCAUUUAACAUUUACACCCGGAAUUAGUUGCCAGCCAAUCACAGGGCAAGAGGAGACAACCAUUCACACAUAAAUCCACCUAAGGAUAAUUUGGGAGUUUCAAUCAGCCUGCCCUUUAUGUUUAUAUAUGUUAUCUGCAUGGUCUUAAAAAGUUUUAAAAAAAAGUCAAAUCCAAUAAUUUGAAUUUAAGGCCUUAAAAUGUCAAAUUCUCCAAAAAUAUAAAAGAUCUUAAAAAUCUAUUGACAUUACUACUACUAGUAGUACUUUGUGUUCAUUUGAAUCACAGUGUGAAAGAGCAGGGAAUAAAUUCAUAUACUGCACUUUGCAAGUAACUCCAGGCCUCAAAUUUUCCUUUAAAUCUUUUGUACAUUUUUUUUGCCGGUAUCGAUGUUGAAUGGGUCUUAAAUUUUGUUUUGGUCUUUAAAAGUAUUAAAUUUGGCUUGUUGAACCCUGCAGACACCCUGAUAUAUCUUGCAUAACCUAGGUACCACAGGACUUAUCUUGUGGUUUAUGGUGUUGAACGUCACUGCCUCAUACCUUAUUUGCAGUGCAGUAAAUUCCAACAACGAUGCUAUGAUAACACAAUGCCAAUCACUGUUAAAAUGGGAAUAAUUAGUGUGCUGGCAUACCAAAUGUUGUCACUCACGGGUGUUUCAUUAAAAUGCAUUGGUGUUCACGCUUCAACUGUGACAGUGAUUUGACACACUUUACUAAUAAGAAGUAUAAAAAAUAUUUUACAAGAGAAUAUUUUUUAGGAGCGAGUGUUUUCCCUCUAUUGUCCGCAGUGCAUUUUUCAACCAAGUCAGAGAGAUCGUUCAGUUUGAGAAGUCUGUGUGCAUGGGAACAAUGUUGUGGUCAAAAGCGGCAUAUUGGGAGUCCCCGGUACUGGCCAGCUUGAGUUGCUGUGCUGCGUGCGAGAGCUGGAAAGCGGCAUCGGGGUGAGCAGAGUCAGGCAGCAAUGUGCAUUCCCGCUCCAGCAACUCAGCCAC